AGGGUCAGAAGGUUGCCUGGGUGGGAAGCAGCACUAAACAUAUUGGUCCCACUUCCAUCACUAUCUCCACCACCACCACCCUCAUCAUCAUCUGAUUCAUCUCUCUGGUCUCGUCUAUGCACACCUACUUCUUCUGAUUUACUUCUCUUUCCCUCUUUAAUUUCUUUGUUGUAUACCAUUUACUGCUACAACUCUUUCAUCAGUCGUCACAAGUCAAAUACAUUAAACAUCUCUCCCUAACUCAAACUAUCGAGUAUUGUAAUAUGGAAGGUGGUUUGGGUCUAAUAGGUGGUGGUGGUGGAGGAGGAGGAAUUUCAUCAGGAGGUUCAACAAAUGGGUCGGUGUCAACGGUUACAAAAGCUGUAGAACAAGAUUAUUCCUUUAUGGGUUCAUCAACAGAGGUUUGUUCGUCGUAUCAAUCAAAUCCACAAACUGAAGCCGAACUUGAAUUAGGUCUUGGGUUAAGUCUUGGUGGUGGUAUUGUAAGUAAGUCUAUAACUACUUGUUCGAAGAAAGAACAUGGAGGAAGGAUUUUGAGUGUUGAAGAUUUGGGUUCUAUUGGUUCUGCAGCUUCUUCUUUCUCCUCUUCUGGUAGAGGUAGUUGUAGUAAUAACAAUGGUUCUUCUGCUGCUGUUGCUGGUACAAAAAGAACUGCUGACUCUGUUCCAGAACCAGCAACUAAUACUGCUGCCAGUCAGGUUGUAGGAUGGCCACCUAUUAGGGCAUAUAGGAUGAACAGUUUAGUAAACCAAGUGAAAGUUUCAUCUAAAGGAGAUAACAACUUAAAGAAGAAGGUAACUACCAUAAACUGCAGCAGCAACGAUGACAAAAACAAUACUAUUGUUAAGGAGAACGGGCGCAAUUUGUGGUUUGUCAAGGUUAAUAUGGACGGAGAACGAAUUGGAAGGAAGGUGGAUCUGAAUGCGCAUACCUGCUAUGAUACACUUGCUCAAGCUUUGGAGGAAAUGUUUCACAAACCAACAAUUGCUAAUUUCAUCCGUUCAAAUGGAGAGAAGGAAUUUUCCUCCAAACUCUUGGAUGGAUCGAGUGAUUUUGUCCUAACAUAUGAAGACAGAGAAGGAGACUGGAUGCUUGUUGGAGAUGUUCCAUGGGGGAUGUUUCUUAACACCGCAAAGAGGCUCAGAAUCAUGAGGACAUCAGAGAUGAAUGGACUAGAAGCUCCAAGAUUUGAAUAUCCUGAGAAACAAAUGAAGAAGCCUAUAUAGUCUACUUGCACGAGAACUCGGGUAAGAUGAAUAAAACCUAAACCAAAGAAAGAAAAAGAUAUAUAGAAACUCAAGAUGCAGAGCUUUUUGACUAGUAAAGAUCAGUCUGUCACUGCCUAUAUUCUGGCCUUUUUAGCGGAUAUAACCCAUGCUUUGGGAAUCCAGUGUUGUUUUUUUUUUGGUUCUGAGUCAUACAUGUUUUGGUUGUUCUGGUUUUUUGAUCAUCUAGGGUCAUAUAUACAUGCAUACUUAAACUGAAAAACUGCUUUGGCAUACUGUAAAUACGAGUGCUUUAUUGCUAGUUAGCUAUUUGAGUUUGUUCUUACCUUGCUUUGUUUCCUUGG